CCCAAGGUGACGGUUGGUGGCCCCCCCCCCAGGCCCAACGGUAGCCGCGCGGAGCCCCGGGCCUGGCGGGCCGUGGUGGGCCGUCUCCGGUUGGAGGAGCCGGGGGGUCAGGAGAGGCCGGUGGUGGAGGUGGUGGUCCACGAGGACUACCGGCGGGUGGAAGGUGGCCACGACCUGGCGCUGGCCCGGCUGGAGCCCCCGGUGGCCCUGGGGCCGCGGGUGGGGACCAUCUGCCUGCCCCGCCCCCACCACCCCUUCGCCUUCGGAGCCCCCUGUUGGGUCACCGGCUGGGGCAACGUGGCUGAGAACGUGUCGCUGCCGGCGGGGUCCCCCCUGCAGAAGGUGGCCCUGGACCUGCUGAGCCCCAACAUCUGCAACUGCCUCCACUCGCGGCUGCGCCAGCGGGAGCUGGGCCACCCCGCCCGCCCCACCAUGGUCUGCGCCGGGGGGGCCCAGGGGGGCAAGGGGGCCUGCCAGGCGGACUCGGGGGGCCCGGUGGCGUGUGUGGGGCCGGGGGGGCGGUGGGUGCAGGCGGGGCCCCCCACGGGCCCCCAUUGGCCCUGGAGCGUCAGCCUCGUGCAGGGGGGGCGGCGCCGCUGCGGGGGGGCGCUGGUGGGCGAGGAUUGGGUGCUGACGGCGGCGCACUGCUUCAUCGGGUGA